AUGGCUUCCCUCCCCUUCCUUGAGCGCUCUGAUCCUGUAUUCCACCAUAAGUCCACUCCAGUUCUUCGGUGGGUUCCUCUGCAUCCUUUGCUGGCCGCAGCCAUCGCCUCCUUAAGGGAGGCCCCGCCCAUGCGCAGGGGGUGGAGCAUAGGCGGGGUCCGAGGAGUCUGGGAAGGAACAAAGCGCGGCCUGCGGGCGGCGGCUGAGCUCGGCGGCCGGGCCGCAGGUGCGGGGCCUGAGGGCGCCCGGACUGGGACCUCCGGCCCUGCCGCGGGCCCGCGCCGCCCGGUCAACCUGGACUCGGCUCUGGCCGCGCUGCGCAAGGAGAUGGUGGGGCUUCGGCAGCUGGAUAUGUCUCUGCUGUGCCAGUUGUGGGGCCUGUAUGAAUCGAUUCAGGACUACAAGCAUCUGUGCCAAGACCUGAGCUUGUGCCAGGACCUGUCGUCCUCCCUGCACUCAGACAGCUCCUACCCACCUGAUGCCGGCCUGUCUGAUGAUGAUGAGCCUCCUGAUGCCAGCCUGCCCCCCGACCCUCCACCCCUCACUGUGCCCCAGACACACAAUGCCCGUGAUCAGUGGCUGCAGGAUGCCUUCCAGAUCAGCCUCUGAAGAGGCGGGUAGAUGGGAAUGCACCCAUACAAAAGGCUCAAAACUUGCCCUUCAGCAAGUCCGUAGUCGACAGUGCCUGCUCUUUUACCGGUACCACCUCACCUCAUUGCAGGAGGGCAAAGCAUAUGCCCAUUAGGCAAACCAGCCAAGGUUGCAGCCUCUGCCCACUGCACUGGGCCUCCACUUCUCCCUCGUGUGCACCCCUAGCUUGGCCAGCCCGCAGUCUGACCACGGGGCCAAAAGUGGCUUGCACUUCCCCUUGCGUCUCUGGGAUUGGGAUGAGUGCCUAACUCCCAUCUUUUUUCAUCUAUUGCUGCCACUUGCAGCUGCUGGCUCAGGGGCAUCCCUACCCGCAGUCCCGGAUUCCACUGCCCAGCAUAAGGGCUCCAGGACCUAUCCCUGCCACCACCCAAGACCAGAAAAGCAAAGGCCUCCAUGCUGGAUAUUUAAGUUUAGGAGCCAGUUCCUGGAUGCGUAGAUAAAUAAACACUUUCAACGAUUC